AUGGCCUCUCUAGGUAAUAAUUCCAUCCUUUGGCACUUCUUUUUGGCUAUAGUGUUGGCUACUUUUUUCACUCCAAGCCUUAGUUCUGCCAAGAAAUCUAAGAUAAUUGGCUUGAAAAUGAAUGUGAUUGAUCGAUGCUGGAGACCAAAUUCUGAGUGGAGGAGACAUCGAUCUCAACUAGCCACAUGCUCUGUGGGUUAUGCUGGAAAGAUGACAAACAACAUAGGUAACGAUCUCAUCCGUUAUAAAGUUACUGACCCCAAUGAUGACCCAAUAAACCCAAGACCUGGCACUUUAAGGUAUGGAGCUUCUGUAAUUCAAGGUAAAGUGUGGAUCAAGUUCCAAAGAGACAUGCAGAUUAGACUCGAGAGACCUCUUCUCAUUAGUAGUUUCACCACCAUUGAUGCUCGAGGCGUCAACGUCAACAUUGCUGAUAAUGCAUGCUUGAUGAUCUAUAAGGCUACCAACGUAAUCAUACAUGGCAUUAGGAUUCAUCAUUGUAAAGCUCAAGCCCCUGGACUAGUGAUGGGGCCUAAUGGAAAACUUAUUCCUUUGGGACAAGUAGAUGGGGAUGCAAUCAGGCUAGUUACGGCUUCGAAUAUUUGGAUUGAUCAUAACACACUUUAUGAUUGCGAAGAUGGCCUUCCUGAUGUCACACGGGGUUCUACUAAUGUGACUGUGUCCAACAACUGGUUUAGAAAUCAGGACAAGGUUAUGCUUCUCGGGCAUGAUGAUGGCUAUGUAAGAGAUCAGAACAUGAAGGUUACAGUUGUGUACAACCAUUUUGGACCUAAUUGCAACCAACGCAUGCCAAGGAUUCGCCAUGGAUAUGCACAUGUAGCCAAUAAUCUUUACCAGGGAUGGUUGCAAUAUGCCAUAGGUGGAAGCAUGGGACCUAGCCUCAAAAGUGAAGCUAACCUCUUCAUAGCACCAACAACAGGGAGUAAGGAGGUAACAUGGAGAAAAGGUAAUAACACAAAUGAGGAUAUGUGGGAAUUUCAUUCUGUGAGUGACGCUUUUGAAAAUGGAGCUUCCUUCACGGAAACAAAAGGAGGGCGUGUGUGUAAGCCGAAUUACAGCAAGGAACAAGAUUUUGAAGUUUCUGAUGUCAAAUCUGUGAGAUCUUUGACAAUGUGGUCAGGGGCAUUGCAGUGCAGCAAAACCUCUAUAUGUUAAAUUGAAAAACUAGAAGAAUAUUGAAGCAAAGUUUACAUCACU